CGCCCCCAGUUCACUGUAUUCCUAACCCAAACACGUUUUUCUUGGUUCCCUCCUCGCAUGACCACCAACAGACUCCUCACUAGGCGACCUCCUCCGUAUAACCCGAUCAACGUCGCCGCUUUACUAACCGAAGAGUUUCUUCAUUUCUACCAUCGUAUAGGAUUUUCCGCUCGGCUUGUCAAUAAUUGAGGUGCUCUUUCAUCUCUAAUCCCCAAUUGUGUGUUUUGCCACCAUUGUUUACCGCUUGUUUCUGCAAGAGACAUGUCAACUGGUGAUAAUCAUCUUGACCAAGGAAAUGAAAAAAAUCCAAGUAGUAAGGUACGCUCAAAAGCUAUUGUGUGGGAAUUCUUUGAGAAGAUUAAAGGGGACGAUGGGUUACAAAAAACAAGGUGCACAAACUGUAACAAAGUCUACAAUUGUGCUCCAAAAUCAGGAACAUCAACAAUGAGAAGACACUUACGCAAGUGUUCUCCACAACCCUUAACCCAAUUAAGCCCUGAAGCCAUCCAAUUGUCCAACACCAAUGGAGAUAAUGCUGAGCUAGCGAAUGAGGGUAGUGCAAAGAAGAAACUGAAGUAUGUUAUUGAGGACAUUCAUUUGAAAACAGAUAGGGAGUUAAUGGAGUUUAUUUGGAUGAAUAAGCGAAAUAUUGGACUCCUUGAGCAAAAGGUGCCUGAUAAAGCUAUAGCUAUAAAGCAAGCUAUUAAGUGCUAUGAAGAUGAAGUUAAUCGCAGGGCAAAACCUCAGUCUCCUAAGGAGAAUAGUCCAGGUGUCACCAAUACAGUCACAGUUAAAAUUGAAGUGGAUGAUCAUCUUGUUGCUCAAUAUGAGAAUUCUGGUGAAAACAUGACUACAGAGACACAAGCAGAUGUGAAUCAGAGAACGAGUCCACAUUUGGAAAAUGGAAAAAUACCUUCAAAAGUUGUAGCCGAUGAUCAAUCUGUUCCUGAAAAUGGGAUUUUUGAUGGGAACACAACUGAAGAAAAGCUUCAAAUUGUAGCUAUAAAUGGAGAUGAGAAUCAGGCAUCCGAACAACAACACAACGAAUUAAGAAAAGUUUCAUCUGUGCUCUCUUUACUAACUUCACCAAAUAGUUCCUACAUUCCUCAAAACAACCCCCUCGAUGAAAAAACCGAACAAGCCAAACAAUCCCUCAUCCAACUCCUCGAAAAAGACUUCAGAACCCUAGUCGGAUCUCCCGAUGAACAAACCCUAAAAUCUUGCAUCAAAAUCUUAAUCAAAAGCCUCCACAAGCUUCCAAAGUUCCAAGCCCGAGUCAUCGAAACUCUCAACUCACAAUUCGAAUCCGCGUGCGAAAAUUGGUCCACGUGGAAUAAAGUUAUCGAAGAAAGUAUCGCGUUUGAGAUGAAGGAAGGUGGUAAUCUUGUGGUUUUGGAAGAAUGGCAAGAGAAAGAUUUGGAAGUUGAAUCGAAGAUAUUGAAAGUGGAUGCGGAUAUCGAGAGGUUGAAAGCGGAGUUGCGGGAAAAGGAGUUGACCCGAGAGAGUUUGGUCAAACGGAAGUUUGAUUUGUUUAAUGAAACUAAGAUUUCGAUUGGUGAGGCGAAGAAGAUUCUUCAAGAGAUGGUUUCUGUGAAGGUGCGGAGUGAUGUUGCGGUUGAUAACAUUAAAGAUCUUAAUACCAAAUGGGAACAAAUUCGGGAAAAUUUCUUGUUUAAAUGAAUUUAAAGUUUGAAUUGGUUAUUUGUUUGUUAUUCUAGAGUUAUUGCUUGUUUAGUUUGUUGUUAGGUUGUUGAGAGCAUGUCUAGUGUUAAUUAUAUCAAGAAUAUACCUCUUUUGAUUCAUUGAUAUUGAAUCAAUCGAAGGCACUUUUAACACA